AUGAGUAAUCAUCAAACAGAAUCACCACAAGAUAACAUAGAUAACCUUGAAUUAGGCGGUUCGCCACAAGAUGGCACAGAUGACAUUCAAUUAGGUAUUCCACCACAAGGCGUUGAAUCGUAUAAUUAUUAUCUUUUGCAACCAGACUAUUUUUCUUUCUACGGCUAUUAUCCUGAUAAUUACCAAUCGCCAAACUUUACCCAAGAAAAUCGAGCGGAUACAGCCAUCGACCAAGGAGGUCCUAUCCGCAGUUCUAACUCUGAUUCUAGAAGACAAAGAAGAACAUCGUCUUUACCUUACGUAGGUAAUCGAAGAGUUAAUAACAGAGAUCGUGGUAGAAAAUACGGUUGCGAUCAAUGCAGUUACCGCUGCCAAUAUCCAUAUCAAUUGGAAAAUCACUUGGAAAAAGAACAUUAG